AUGGCCAGCGACGCUGUCGUUGAUACCAACGUGAACACCACGAAACGACGCGAUCAUGUGCGGACGCCUGAGACUGGUUCGCCGGCAGAUGCAUUGGAUGGCAAAGGCAACGACGUGAUGGCCAGCUAUGAUGACCAUCCUGGUAUGGCGCGUGCCAGCGCGAACGAUGACAGCUCCGAAAGAUUCCUAGACAUCGCAGCCAAGUCCAUCGGUAAACCGAAUCAUCGCAUGUUUUGGUACGCCGCGGAUUACGCCCGGCUUUUUUUUGUGGAUCACAGGACUCGCAGUCAAACGCUUCGCGAGCUGGAGCUGAAUAAGAAGGAAGGUUGGUCCAUCUUCAGGCCUACUACUUUUUAUAAUGAGGGCUAUUUAGAGUACGUGACUGAGAAGUGCGCUUCCAGUGUCUUCAAGCACAACAUUGCUUGCGUCUAG